AUGACUGAUUAUACUCUUUCAUCGCAAACUACUCCUCGUGGAAUACGUUCAACUACACGAAAUUAUCGGGACUAUACCUCGUUCGACGAGGCCGAAGAAAGUGACUAUGAUAAAAGACAUAAUAAUAAUGGUCCUAUUAUAAAUGGUCCUGUUAAUAAUAGGUGGAGAGCCAAUAGCAUAACCUCCACCUAUACCCCCUCUUUUGUGCCGGGAAGAAGGUUUGACAUAAAAGAACCUGAUAAUAACAUUAAUAAUUCUCGGAGAAGGCGAGGAAGAAACUGGGAAACAGACGACGAACUAUUUAAACCAAGUCAUCGUAAUUCAUUACCUACACAACUCCCUUCUCCAAUAUCUCCUCUAUACUCCUCUCAAAAUGUUAUUGACGAAUCAACAACUACAAGAUCUUUACUUAAUCUUCUCAAUAGUGAGCGUGCAAAAAGGAGAGAAUUACAAAAAGAUUAUGAUUCAACUGUUGAUACUUUACGUGAACUUCAACAGAAACAUAAUGAAGAUGUCUCUGAGAUGAAAGAGAUGGAAAACGAUAUUCAAGUCUUAAGAGAUGCUUUAUUAAAAGAAUCAAAAGCUAACACUCAAUUAAGUAAACUUCUCAGAGAAACUCGUGGAAAAUUCUUAGAAGAUAUGAAAUCUUGGGAGAAGUCUUGGAAUUUAAAAGUUUCCGAAAUGGAAGCUCAAGGAAAAGAAUUACAACAAGCUUUUGAUGAAGCUUGGAAUCAUCUUGAAAAAGAAGAAAGGGAAGUUAUUAGAUUGAGAGAAGAAAACGAUUCAUUACGUAAACAAUUAAAUAAUAGAUCUUUGGAUCCUCCAAUUAUCAAUCGUUUAAAUCUUGAAAAUGUUCGAAAAGUUGGUUAUUUAGAAGAUAGAGAUGAUUUAUCAAUUUCUACUGAUUCUAAACAUCCUACUGAAUGUAAUGAGAUUUCUGAUACUGAAUCUGUAGCAAAUUAUUCAAAGAUUACUGAAUUGACUGAUCGCGUUACCGAAUUAGAAAAUGAAUUGGUCAAAUCAAAAGAACUUAAUCAAAAAUAUGAACUUUUAUUUAAAGAAUAUGAUUCUGAUAAACAAUCUAUCAUUAAACAACUUGGUGAAAAGGAAAAAAGAAUAAAGUUACUUCUUGCAAGUAACAGUUUAAGUCAAAAGACUAUAGAAAAUUUACGUCAAGAAAUACGAAAAGGUAAAUUUAACGAACAAAAACAAUUACAUCCGCAUCCACUUCGUCCACAUACUCCCAUUAAGCAAUCUUACGAACAAGAUGUACAACAAAGUAGACGAAAGAUUUUAGCAGAGAUGUCUAAUAAAGAACGUAAAAAUAGUCUGACUAGUACUAAUAGUGGUAGUAUUGUGAGCACUAGUAAUAUAAGUGGAAGUGUUGACGAAAAGGAUGAUAUCCAAAAUAUCAAUAAUGAAUAUGUGGAAGGUGAACAUUCUGAAUCAGAAGAGGAAGAUGAUCGUGAUGAUCAAUCUUCAUCUUUAUGUACUAGCAGUGAAGUUUGUGCACAAAGUCGUCUUGGUAGCGAAGAAGCAACCAGCGUAACCGAUCCGCAUACGGUUCAAUCUGAUUCUUCUUCAUUAUUAAGACAACAACAAAAUAAUCGAAAUUGUAUUAGUGAUAAAGAUCUGAUAAAUGAUGAUGAUAUUCUGGAUGUGUUCUUUUCGGAUAUAGAAGAUCGUUGUUUACCACUUCGAGGUCAUUUUUCAGCUGCUGAAUUCACUGAAGAUGAGGAUUAUAUUGACUAUACUGAUAAAUUUGAUGAUGAUGGUUCCGUAAGUCGAAGGCAUAGCAUGACUAGUGAUCUUGGUAAAUAA